GGCCCGGAGAGCUAGGCAGGCUAUCGGCUUCGAGCAACCCAAGCUAAUAGCCGUGAGAGUCGGUAUUAAGAGCCGAACUCCGCCGGUUUUGUGAUCGGUGUUAUUUCUGUGCUGCUGAGUGUCUGAGUUAAUUUAUUUAGUGAUUAAAGUGACGAACAGAGAGACGUGUCGUGUUUAUAAGGAGGGUGACGCUCCAAGUGGGUUUAAUCGGAACUUUACGCCCUUUUUAUGUGGGUUUUUUUUUUUCGUGUUUGUGAGCUGCGUUCGGUGAUUGUUCGCGUGAAUGCCUAACAGGAAAGCCGUUAGGGGAUGUGCAGCCAUCGGGCAUUUGACGGCCCCGUCCCCUCACUGCUCUUUGGGCUAACGCUUUCUGGCUGUGUUGGUGACGGUUGCUGCUUUAAAAUCUCCGCAGCAUCUCCAACAUUUGGUGACGGAGAUGUUGGCGUGGCCUUCCGGGUUCCCACAGCCUCAUUAUCCUGAUCGGAAUGCUCUUUGAUUGGCGCUAAAGCUAACCUGUAGGCUAGCCGGUGCCACCAGUGUUCGGGACCGCUGCUGCCCCGUCUCUCGGGUCGAACCGUAGCGUCCGUGAACAAUCAGCGGAUUUAAACCAGAACACUAAAUACUUUUAUGUGCUUUAAUGACAGUGGAGAGGACUGAGCAGCUGACAGCAAGCUGCUGCUGAGUUUGAGGUUACCACUGAGGGGCGCUGCGUGAUUAUAUAAAUAUAAAGAUGAGGUUACCCAUCCGAGCCAUUACAUUAUGACCACCGACAGAAGAAUCCUCACCAGGCAGUGCGGGACCCGUGUCCUGUUGGUUGUUUCCAGUGAUCCAUGAAAGGAAAACCAUAGGAUUUCUGUCAGAUCCAUAGACGAGAAUUACUGAUGCAUGUAGAUAAUGAAGUCUGGCUCGUGUGGUUCGUAUCCAGUAGACGAGCUGCUGUUGGAAGUGUCUUAUAGAAACUGUUCAGAACAUCCCAGGAUGUUGUGUUUGGUUCAGGAUGUGCAUGCUGGCCCGAGCCCACCAUCCAAGUAACAUCAGAUCUGGACCAUGGAGCAGUGGAAGAAGAUGUUCUGAUCUUUAGAUCACUUGUUAACAGCUCUGGUCUACGUUUUUCUCAGCAGAAGACAUGGCACCAGGUGCAUAAUAGGGAGGAGAAUCAGCAGAGGCAGUGUGAUGUAUGAUCUGGCAUCUGUGGGAUGCUCUGGAUAAAGAGGUCAGAUUCAUAGACGGUCUACUGCAGAUGGAUUCAGAACCGCAGCAGAACUUUACAGGCUGCUGUGUUCUGAGUUACCACGGGGGGGCACUGUAGGGCCACUUCAUUAAAGCCUGAAAUCUAAAGUCAUACUUUUCUGAAAACCUUCAGCAAAAUUCUGAGUUUAGCUCAAAAUAGCAGAUGGCCUGUGUUUUUCUCUGUUUUUUUUUUUUUUUUUUUACUUUUUAGGAAAAAUUACUGGAGCUCCAGGGGAGUCUCAGGGCUGGGGCUGGUCCGGUUCUGGGGCCCUAUUACGCUCGUUGUCACAUUCGUACCAACAGCCAGAAACUAUGUUUAUGUUUCAAACUCCAGACCCCAGUCUUCCCUGCUCAAGAGCAUUGCGUCAUCUCAGAGACUAAAUGCGACUGAAGCAGGGGGCUUGUGGGCAUGAAGUGGCUGGGCGAAUCCAAGAACAUGGUAGUAAAUGGCAGACGACACGGAAGCAAGUUGACCAGCGAGCAGCCUGUGAGUCAGACUCGCUCUCAGCACCCCCAGCGAGCGUCUCAGCGCCAGAACAGAAGCCACCCAAGAAACCGAAGAUGUAGCCGCCGGUGUAAUGCUGCUAGUCUGGAGGCGGAGCGGCGUUACGUGCCCUCCUCAGGAAUGACUGCUAAGGAGCUGUGUGAGAACGACGAUCUGACCACCAGUCUCAUUCUGGAUCCGUAUCUGGGCUUUCAGACUCACAAAAUGAACACCAGGUUUCGACCAAUCAAGGGAAGACAAGAGGAGCUGAAGGAGAUCAUCGAGCGCUUCAAAAAGCACGACAACCUGGAGAAAGCUUACAAAGCUCUGAUGUCUGGAGACUGGUGCAGGAAUGUUUUUCUUCACAAGUCCAAGGCUCAAGAAAAGCUCUUCAAGCAGCAUGUGUUUGUUUAUCUGCGAAUGUUUGCUGCUGACAGCGGCUUCGAGAUUCUGCCCUGUAAUCGCUAUUCCUCGGAGCAGAAUGGAGCCAAAAUAGUGGCCACAAAGGAAUGGAAAAGAAACGAUAAGAUCGAGUAUCUGGUGGGCUGCAUCGCUGAGCUGUCCGAGAGCGAGGAGAACAUGCUCCUCAGACACGGCGAGAACGAUUUCAGCGUCAUGUACUCCACGCGCAAGAACUGUGCUCAGCUGUGGCUCGGGCCCGCAGCCUUCAUCAAUCAUGAUUGUCGACCAAACUGCAAGUUUGUGUCGACGGGGCGGGACACGGCCUGCGUGAAGGUUCUGAGGGACACGGAACCAGGAGAGGAAAUUUCAUGUUACUAUGGAGACGGGUUCUUUGGAGAAAACAAUGAGUUUUGUGAAUGUUAUACGUGUGAAAGACGAGGAACUGGAGCGUUCAAAUCCAAAGCUGGGCUUCCGGCGGAGGUCCCGGUGAUCAACAGCAAGUACGGGCUGCGGGAAACUGACAAGCGUCUGAACAGGCUGAAGAAGCUGGGAGAAGGAAAUCCAAGCUCAGACAGUCACUCUGUGGGCUCCCACACCGACGUGGACUCUCAGGAAAAUCCAAAAACACAUCAAUCUGCCAGAAACAGAUCGUCGUCAUCUGGCCUGAAGUAUAAAAACAGGACUCAGAGCAGACAGAUGUUGUCCCGAGCCCUCUCUACCUCAUGUUCCAAACAAGGUCGUGUAAACAAUAACAGGGUACCAAAGAGACUAAGGUCCAAGCCGUCGCUCAGCAGUGUCCGGCUGCGGAGUCGUAGGAGGGGGGCGGAGCCUAAAGCAUCAGCCAAAUCCGAGGCUGUCCAGGUGGGCCUCAGGGACUCGAAGGUGUCUCUGUGUAAAGGCAUUGCUGUCAAGGAGGAAGAUGGAUCGGACCUAGUGGUUCUGGGCCAGAAAGGCUGCCUGACCCGGCACGCCGCCAAGGAAAAUGGUAGUCUUCCAGCCGUGGAGAGCAGCGAGGGCAGCCAGUGUUCCGCUUACAGGACUCGCAGGUCCACUCGGACCCUCGUGAAGGCCCAGGAGCUGGCCACUGGGGUCAAACUAGAGCCCAGUGCCAUGGACGGUUUGAGCCCAGUUCCUGGCGGAGUGGUCAUCAAAACCGAGCCUGCUGACAUGGACGAGUACCUCCACCAAGGAUCUGGACUGCAGCAGCCGGUGUUUGAUGCCAGCUACACCAGAAAAAGUGCACGCACCAGCCGGAAACGGCCAGCUUGGCUUCGGACAGAGCGGACGAUUAAAUGUGCGGGCUCAAACUGUGAGCCGUUCUCACCGGUGGCUGCAAGCCGUGCCUCCAACUUCUCAGACUGUGGCAACGUGUUGCUGAGCUUCGCCGACAGACACAGAGACUUAAACGGCACCGCCAACAGCAGCAAGGCGCUCCGCAGGGACAAGGGCAAGAGCAGCUGCCGCUCACAGGACAAGGCGAAGAAGAAGCGUCGCAUCACGCGGUAUGAUGCUCAGCUGAUCCUGGAAAACAACACGGGCAUCCCAAAGCUGACACUCCGCCGGCGGAGGGACAGCAGCAGUAGCAAGACCAACGACCCCAGCGAGCACGUCGGCUCUUCCACCGUCAACUCUGCCUCUUCCAGUAAAAUCAGCAUCAAGUUCAGCAAAGACCACGACAAGGACAAGGGUAGCUCCUACAUCGCCAAGCUGAAUAACGGCUUUGCGCCAGUGGUCCACAGCAACGCCACCAAGCUGAAGAUCCAGCUAAAGAGGGAGGACGACGCUCGCAGAAUAGCCCAGAGCAAGAUGGAGACCAUGUCUUACAAUAGAGACAUGGCUCAGAGCCUAGAGAGUAGGAACGGUGGACAUCGGACCCAGAAGGUCCUGGCAGAAACAUCUUCUGAUGAAGAUGAGGAGGAAGGAGAGGAGGAGGAGGAGAACGAUGUUGACGAAGAUGACGACGACUACUUCCACAAUGAGUUUGAGGACGAUUUCAUUCCACUUCCUCCAGCAAAACGGCUGCGACUCAUCGUGGGUAAAGACUCCAUAGACAUCGAUAUCUCCUCCAGGAGGAGAGAAGACCAGUCUCUGAGGCUGAACGCGUGAGCAUCGGACAUCCGUGUAAAUAAAACGGGCCGCUAAGCGACUGUUCUGAUUAUGUAAUUAAAAAAAAACAACUAAAAUGCUGAAAAAUCAAUCUAAAUGAGGGUGCUGUUGACCUUAAACAAACCUCUGCUUUUCACUUUAAUCCUUUUAGUUCUAAUCAUAGAAAUCCCAUUAAUCAGUGUCCUCCCUCAGCCCGCCCCGGCUGCAGAACCGGGCCGCCCCCGGCUGCAGAACCGGGCUGCGUUUCAGUAAUCCGGAGUGAAACAGAGUUUGUUUUAGGUUGAUCUUCUUGUUUAAAUGAUGCACUUGUUCUGUCCAUCAUGGACGUGUAGAAAGUGUACAGUUUGGUGAUCGUCCCCUCUGUCUCACAGGCAGGUUUUAUUGUUUGUUUUUGUCUCAUCAUGUGUGACCACCAGUCUGUCCUGCUGCUGCCAUGUUCUCAUCACAGAACCAAACCUAGAUCCAAAUCCAGAACUGGAGAUGGGUCCAGACCCAGACCCACCAGUAGAGUUCAGGUCUCUUUUAAAGUCACAGCUUUUAAUAAUAAUCACCAGUUGUCCGUUGACAUCAGAACCAUCAUUCUUUUACUCCUCAACACCUUUGUUUCUUCUGCUGCUAAAAUCAAGAACUAAACACUUAAAAUGCAGAUAUUAAGACGUGCACCAAAAUAAUCAGCCAAUCAGUGGCAUGGUUUACUUGAUUUGCAAUCAGCUGAUCUGUAACUCAAACAUCUGUUUGUUUUUUUUUUUGUUUUCUUUUGAAGGCAUCACGCCAGCAACAACAGCUUCCAUGUUUGUUUUCUCUUCCAGAAGUUAAAGCUCUUCUGAUUUCUUAUAGAGAGACUUCUUUAUUUAAAGGUGGUUUUGUUUUCUGAACCUUUUUACUGUCUGGUUGUUUCUGUCAGACCCGUUUUUAUGUGGGCGUGGUUGUUGAGACCGGCCUCUGAUUGGCUGUUCACGAUUAAACAAGCUGAGUUUAUUUGAUCUGGUUUAGAUGUGGACGGAGUUCAUUGAUUUUGUCAGACUGAAGCCAGAACAAUCUGGGUCUGCAGAACCAGAUGGGUCCAUUUUAGUUGGUAUUUAGAGCAUAGAUGGGUACAUGAUCUAAAAUAACCUUUGAAAUGGGAUAAAAUUAUGUUUUGUUUUCUUUUUCAUUGUCAUUAAAAUAAACUUAAGGAUGUUUAGACUGGAUUAAAGUUCAGCCCACGUCUGAAUGCAGAGACGAUGUAUGGGUCAGAACAUCAGCUGAGUGUGUCAUCGCAUUUACAUUAAACACACAAGUAGAAAUGUGAACUGCAAUGUUUGACAUUGAUGGUCAGAUAUGGGGCGGGGCUUAGUGGAGCCAUUUCCUGCUCUGUGAUGACAUCAUGGCACUCAUUACUGGUAAUCAGGAAGACUUCCUUAACCUGCUCACAAUAACUCAUUCAUCAGGAUUUUUGCUUUAAAGCAAAUGAAGUGGCGUUCACUGACACUACAGUCUGUGUGUACAAUUGUGUUCUCUCUUCUUCUGUGGUGCUAAUUUGAGUUCAUGUUGCUGGGGGGGGGGGGGGGGGGGGUGAUGGCGGAGCUGACUAACCCAACACAAAGUCACGUCUAGAAGAGUUAGAUGAUGGAGAUUAGACGUGUGAGUGGAGGAGGAGCUCAUCUCCAGGUGUUAAAAGGAAUCUUUGUUUUUGGUUUGUUUACAAAAAUUUGUUGAAUUUGAACCAGAAAACUUUUAGAAAAAUAUUUUUUAUAAAAUGUUUCUUCAUCUCCUGAGCGGGAAGUCCAUCUUGCUCUCACACACACAGAUGUUGCACUGUUGUACAUUUCCGUUGUCCCCUGACUGACAGCUGCGUGGACCAACAGCGAGCCAUUGUCCCUCUCAGCGCCCCCCAUAUUUGUCUGCUUUUCUGUUCUGUCAUGUAGGAACGGACAGACCGAGGGAUCAACUGAAUGUUAACCCCGUUUCCUAUGUUACUGUCCACAUCACCAGCAGCUAAUCAGCGUUGUGACCCCGCCCCUUUCCUCUGUCGGCCACUCAGACGUCUCCAUCACACACUGUAACCUCUUCCAGGUGUCCGUCUGUGCUCGUGUCCAAUAGACUGCUGUCACAACUUCCAGUGAACUCAGAUGUACAGAAACCAGUGGGAAUGGGUUGCAGACGUGUUAGCGUGUUGCGUGGGUAGCAGGAGACAUGUAAAGAGAAUUAAAAGGGGCAGUGCGUAUAUUGUCCAGUAUGUAAAUCAUGUGAACACAUCUUGUACUUAUUUAACAGUUUUGAAUACUUGAGAACUAUAUAAAGUUUCUUUGUGACUCUU